AUGGGCGAAGUGGGGGGCUGGUGGGGCGGGCCGGAGGCGGACUGGGGCGGGUGGUCGGCGCCUCUGGGCCUGGGCAGCGGGCCCUUCGCCGACCCCCCGGGCUUCCUCACCGAGAGGCUGGGCCAGAUCGAGGGCAAACUGCAGCGGGGCUCGCCCACCGACUUCGCCCACCUGAAGGGCAUCCUCCGCAGGCGCCAGCUCUACUGUCGGACCGGUUUCCACCUGGAGAUCUUCCCCAACGGCACCGUCCACGGCACCCGCCACGACCACAGCCGCUUCGGAAUCCUGGAGUUCAUCAGCUUGGCGGUAGGCCUGAUCAGCAUCCGUGGCGUGGAUUCCAGCCUCUACCUCGGGAUGAACGAGCGAGGCGAGCUGUACGGGUCGAAGAAGCUGACCCGCGAGUGCGUUUUCCGGGAGCAGUUUGAGGAAAACUGGUACAACACGUACGCCUCCACCCUGUACAAGCACUCGGAUUCGGAGCGGCAGUACUACGUGGCCCUGAACAAGGACGGCUCGCCCCGCGAAGGCUACCGGACCAAGCGGCACCAGAAGUUCACCCAUUUCCUGCCUCGCCCCGUGGACCCGGCCAAGAUGCCCUCCGUGUUCAGGGAUCUGUUCCACUAUAGGUGACGCCCACCCUUCCCGCCUGACUUGACUCUUGGUUCGAGGCCGUCCCCUCCGCACGGCCCAGCGAGGACGGGGAGACCCCCCUAUAACCUCUCCCCGCGGCUGGGCCCACCUGGGCACGCUCGGCCACCUGACGGGCGACAUCCCCCUCCCCAACCACGCGACGGAGGGGAAAAACGACGAGGCCGGCGAGCCCCUGACGGACCCAGGCCGUCG